GCCUUCCUCCCCAAUUUGUCGCUUUCUUUUUCAACCCCUUUCUCAUUUCCCUUCUUCCUCCUUUGAAUUUUCUUUUAACAGCAGUCAACCCAGUCUUCAUAUUAAGGAUACCCAUUUCUGUCACUUUCUGCAUAUACCGCUAUAAAUUAUACAAGAUACUGUCGGUGACUAUCAUCUUCUUCGCCUUCCCCUUCUCCUGCGUCUGAACUCAUCAAAACCAUGCCCAGACUCAAUUCCGAUUCGACUCGCAAAGGUGAUUCUGGGAAUUAUGGGCAGAAUUUUAAUGAUCAACAGGGUGUACUAAAUAUGUCGCCGACGCCUUCAUCUUGCAACUUAUCUCCAUCAUAUGUGGAAUUGGUUGAAGAGAUAACCUCCAUUGAAACAGAAAUACUUCAUUUAGAACGGCAUUUGCUUUCACUCUAUCGCACAGCUUUUAAGCCACCACAUCGUCACAAUACAGACGAAACGCCGGAAUCACAUUUUCCACCCAUUUCCGAUCAGUCAUGUGACAAAUUGAAGACAAAUGAUCAAAUUCUAAAAUCAUCAUCUAGAAGAAAAAGUGGUCAUCGUAGCCUCGGUGAUCACCUUGGAACUCCUUGUACCGAUUUUGUCCUUCCUGAUAGACUUUCUGAAGACAUGGUGAAAUGUAUAUCAUCUAUCUACUGCAAACUUGGGGUUGGGGACCCAAAUCAAUUUCAUCAAGGACCUUCUGAUUCUUCUGAUUCAUCAUUAUCCUCUUCGAGUACAAUAUCUACCAAAAAUCUUUCUGAUACUUGGAGUCCGUAUUGUAAUCAGGAAAGAGGGCCAUAUGGGGAUAUGAUACAAGUCUUGAAAAUAGGCUUAGAUGAUGAUACUUUCAAUUAUGCUGCAAAGAUGCUAAUACAUUUCAGAACAUUGGUAAAGAAACUUGAGGACAUUGAUGUUGGGAAAAUGAAGCGGGAACAAAAGCUUGCGUUUUGGAUCAACAUUCAUAAUGCUUUGGUGAUGCAUGCACAUCUAGCAUAUGGAACUCAUAGCAAUUCAAGAACCAAUUCCAUCUUAAAGGCAACUUAUAACGUGGGAGGACACUGUAUAAAUGCGUAUAUCAUACAAAGUUCUAUAUUAGGAAUCAGAUCACACUUUAGAGCCUCGUGGCUACACUCAUUGUUAUCCCCAGGGAGAAAAUCGGCAACAGUGCCUCAACAUCAUGUUUAUGCGAUUGAAUACCCUGAGCCUCUUGUCCAUUUUGCACUCUCUUUAGGAACAUUCUCUGAUCCAGCGGUUCGAGUGUACAAGGCGAAAAAUAUAUUUGGGGAUCUUAGAGUUGCUAAAGAAGAGUUUAUAAGAUCAAAUGUCCAUAUGCAUAAAGAAUAUUCAAAGGUAUCUGUACCUAAGAUCUUGUACUACUUUGCAAAGGAUAUGGCGUUGACUGUACCUGGACUUUUGGAGAUGGUCAAUGAUUGCCUACCAGAAAGUCAACGGAGAGUAAUUGAAAAAAAUGUUAAAGGGAAAACUGACAAGUAUGCUUGUUGGUUAUCACAAAGUUCCAUAUUUGGUUAUUGGAUUCAUAGAGAUGCUAUUGAAGGAAGAGUGUUUGUUUGAUAUGUAUUUUACUUUUUCUUGCCAUAUUGUGGUACAUAUGAAUAUGAUACGAUAUAGGAGGAAAGAGGUGUACAGAGUUUUCAAGGAUCUUGAUGUUUGUUGUUUCAUUUUCUGAUGGGGUUUCUUCUUUUUCUUAAACACCCUUAUUAAUUAUUACUUGUAUUUUUUUUCGUGUGUCAAAAUGACAUGGAACGCAAUACUUUCUUAGUCUUGUAGGGUGUGACACUUGUUUUUAGUGGUU